AUGCCUGCAACUCCGAAUAAGCUCAAUUUGGGCUUUGCUAAAAAUGCUUACAACGUUUUUAGCAAUCGUAAUCCAAGCAAUAAUAAUGAGAAUCAGAUCGAACAGAAGACAGAACUGUUAGAGGGAACUCGGGGUAAUGGCUUGCUACAUCUCAAAAAUGGAGUCGACUAUAUCAAUCCUGGCGAAGAAGAUCAAAUGGAAAUUUAUGGAUAUCAAAAAAAUAAAAUUUAUACCAUAAUUACUUGGUUUUUUAUCAUCAUUACUGGUGGACUUUUGAGGCUAAUUUUCCAUUGGAUUCCUCAUUUAAUGCUACGAGCUACCCAUUCAAAGUGUUCUCUAGAAGAGGCUGAUACUGUCUUGCUUGUGGAGCGAUUCCAGGGCAAGCAUGCAUAUUAUCACGUUAAAAAAUUAAGGACAAUGACAAUUCAAGAUGUUACAAAGAAUGCUGUAGAUAGUGAUACACUGAUUGAUGAACCCUGGGCAAGCUCUGGAAGCUUUGGUUCAAUUAGUUUUAAUAAUAUUGUUGAAAAUGAUGAAUCUUCAAAACUUUCAAUUCACCUCUAUGGAGGACACUUUAAACAAGUAUCAUCUAUUAUAACUUUUAGUUGUAAAAAAUUGACAUAUGUUUGGGAUACAGAAAGAUCUGAAUUCAUGAAAUUAGCUGGUUUAGAUGUUGGAGUUUCAACAUGUACAUUACAUCAAAUGCAUGGCUUAAGUUCUCGAGAACAAUUUCUUCGACGAAGUGUUUACGGAAAUAAUGAAAUAGUCGUUCCUGUAAAUAGUUUUUUACGUUUACUUUGUCUUGAAGCAUUGAAUCCAUUCUACGUCUUCCAACUUUUUAGUUUUUGUUUGUGGAUUGCUGAUGAUUAUUAUUAUUAUGGAUUAGCUAUAAUGACAAUGUCUUGUUUUGGAAUAACAAUGGCAGUCUUCCAGACUCGUAGAAACCAACAAAAAUUGAGUUCAACAGUUCAUUCAUCUGAUGUGGCAAUAGUAAUGCGUGAUAGAACAACGGGAAAAACUGAUUCUGUAACAGCUGAACGUCUUGUACCUGGUGAUAUAUUGGUAAUUCCACCUCACGGUUGUUUAAUGCCCUGUGAUGCGGUUUUACUCACGGGCAACUGUAUUCUAAAUGAAUCAAUGCUCACAGGAGAAUCAGUUCCAGUAACCAAAACUCCAAUACCUUCAUCUACAGAAAUAACUUAUGAUACAAAAGAACACGCACGUCAUACGCUAUUUUGUGGCACAAAAAUUAUACAAACUCGAUAUUUUGGAGGGGAAAAUGUUCUUGCUGUUGUUGUAAGAACUGGAUUUAAUACCAGUAAAGGUGGUUUAGUACGUUCCAUUAUGUAUCCACCUCCAGUAGAUUUUAAAUUUGAACAGGAUUCCUAUAAAUUUGUUGUAUUAUUAGCUUGUAUUGCGAGUAUAGGCGCUAUUUAUACUAUCAUUAACAAAACAAUGCGUGGAAUAUCUGCUCGAGAUGUUGCUUUAGAAGCUCUGGAUUUAAUAACUAUUGUAGUUCCCCCAGCAUUACCAGCUGCUAUGACAGUAGGUCGAUUAGUGGCUCAAGGUAGGCUGGAGAAAAAGAAAAUUUAUUGCACCAGUCCACGAGCCAUCAAUAUUUCAGGUUCUAUUGAUUGUAUAUGUUUUGAUAAAACUGGAACGUUAACUGAGGAUGGACUUGACAUGUGGGGAGUAGUUCCAGCUAGUGAGAAAAAAUUCCAAAUUCCAAUUAAAAAUGUCACUACUAUAUCAGCUGGAGAUUUAUUAUUCGGUAUGGUUACUUGUCAUAGUAUUACCAUUAUUGAUGGUCAGCUUGUUGGUGAUCCGUUAGAUUUGAAAAUGUUUGAAUCAACUGGCUGGAACUUAGAAGAACCUGAUGUAUCCGAUAAUACUAAAUUCUCUUUGAUGUUUCCAACUAUUGUAAAACCCCCACGAGAUUCAAAACUUCUACAAACUCCGCAUCAUGAAAUUUCUGGUAUAUCUAAUGGAAGACAUAAUUCCAUUACUUCAGAAGUAGAAAACCUUUCUUUAAAUAAUUUAGCAGCAUCUGAUGCAGAAUUAGCAGAGCAAGGAUUGGAAAUUGGUAUAGUUCGACAGUUUCCUUUCACUUCAAGUUUACAACGUAUGAGCGUUAUCACCAGAAUACUUGGCGCAAAUCAUUAUGAUCUUUUUUGUAAAGGAAGUCCUGAAAUGAUUCACAGCCUGUCAAAGCCACAAUCUAUACCUCCAGACUUCACUUCAGUUCUCCAAGAGUAUACGUCAGAAGGUUACCGAGUUAUAGCUAUAGGCCAUAAAUCACUGAAUAGAUUAACUUACGCGAAAGUUCAACGAAUAAACCGUGAAGUAGCAGAGACAGACUUAACUUUUCUUGGAUUUGUAAUUCUGGAAAACCGUUUGAAGAUGGAAACAACUCCAGUUAUUGAAGCUCUAAAUCGUGCAUCUAUCAAGACUGUUAUGGUGACAGGUGAUAAUAUACAAACAGCUCUUUCUGUAGCUCGAGACUGUGGAAUAGUGAAGCCAGAAAUGCCUGUGAUAGCAGUGACAGCUAUACCUCUCGCAAAUCAACCAAAGCCUGGACUUUAUUUUACCAAAAGUAGUCCUCAGAGUCCAAUGUCACCAAAUCUUCAAAAUAGUAUCAGUGAAAUGACAGAUUUAAACAGCAUAGUGUCACUAGAGACUGUAGAAAGCGGAUUUGUUGGUAAUGUUCGUACUAAUGGUGUCAACUAUCUCUCUGAUAAUGUCCAAAAAAUUUCAGCUUAUAAAUACGUUUUUGCAUUAACUGGGAAAACUUGGGCAUUAAUUAAACAGUAUUAUCCAGAUUUGAUAGCAAAAAUAGCCACUAGAGGAGCUAUUUUUGCUCGAAUGUCACCUGAUCAAAAACAACAAUUAGUUCAAGAGCUUCAAGGACUUGGUUAUUAUGUUGCUAUGGUUGGAGAUGGUGCUAACGAUUGUGGAGCACUGAAGGCCGCGCACACUGGAAUUUCACUGUCUGAUACAGAAUCAUCAGUAGCCUCGCCAUUUACAUCUAGAGAAACAAAUAUCUCAUGUCUUCUAUCCGUAAUCCGUGAAGGACGGGCAGCUUUAGUCACAUCUUUUGGUAUAUUCAAGUAUAUGGCAGCAUAUUCUUUAACUCAAUUCGUUUCGGUCAUGAUUUUAUAUCAUAUAGACUCUAACUUAACUGAUUUUGAGUUUUUGUACAUUGAUUUAUUUAUUAUUUCGGUUUUCGCUUUCUUUUUCCCAAGGACUCGUGCUUAUGACGGUCCUUUAGUAAAAGAUGCUCCACCUACAAGUUUGAUCUCAAUAUCAUCAAUUCUUAGUUUAUUCUCUCAAAUCAUUAUUGUCACUAUAUUUCAGUAUUUAAGUUAUUGGUAUCUUCAACAAAAUGAAUGGUUUGAACCAUUUGAUUUGUCCAGUCGCAAAGAUAAAGAUGACGUGUCAUGUUAUGAAAAUUAUACCCUUUUUAUUAUUAGUUCAAUACAAUAUAUAAUUUUAGCUGCUGCAUUUUCUAAAGGACACCCUUAUCGGAAAUCAAUAUUUACUAAUUAUGGUUUGUUAGGGUCGUUUAUUUUAAUGUCUUUAUUUUCAGUUUACUUGGCCAUUUAUCCUUUUGAAUGGCUAGCACAACAGUUUGAAUUAGUUUUACCAGAAGAUAUGAAUUUCAGAAUAAUGUUAGUUGUUUAUGGAGCAAUUAAUUUUGUCCUUUCUCUGAUUAUUGAAAAGUUUUUCAUUGAAUACUUGGUGUUCUCUAAAUUGCGGUAUCAUUGGCAUAAUGUUGAUAAAUCAAAAAAGAAAUUUUUGGCAAUUGAACGAGAUUUAGGAAGAAAUUUAAAAUGGCCACCAAUAACUGAUGAACCAUUGCCAGAAACUGCACCAGAUUUAUUAUUGAGACAAACUACAGUGACAGAAGUUAAAAUUGAGAAAAAAAUUGAGAGAAAUGACUCAAUAUCUGAUUCUAGGUUUUUAAAUAGUCCUACCUCGGUCCAAAAAUUUGGAUCAGCACGUGAAGUAACUUUAAAUCCUCAAUGUCUUAUUAAUGAUCGUCGAAAUACAGUUUCAAUGCAAACAGUGCCAAUUAGUUUUGAAGAUCAGGAAUUGAAUCGAGUUAGAAGAGGACGUUUGAUACGUGAAGUAGAUUUGACACCUAAAAGAAGACAUAAUUCUGAAUCGGAAAAUGGUGGAGUUGAUAGUGAGAAUAAUUAUCGAUUAACGAAAAUGAAUCCUAUCGCAACACUACCAAGAAAUUCAAUGAUAAAUCAAACACAAAAUAAACUUAAAGAUAAUACGAGAACUAAUAAAGAUCAAGACUAUCGUAAAGGUACUCAAAGUGUAUUAGAAAUGGAUGUUUUGCCAUCUUGAGAUGAGGCUUUUCCCUUUGUUUUUCUAACGAAGGUUUAUAAAAAAUUAAUAAUAAUUGGUGUAGGUACUUUAUUGAAAAUUUGCACAGGAUGCAGUUGACUUUAGCAUUUAAUUUAAAAAAAAAUGUUAAAUAUAUGAAUAUAUAUACAUAAAAUGCAAUUAUUAGUUAUCCUAAUUAUUUAAUAAGUUAAUCUUUUAAUAAAUUGAAAAAUAAUUGAAUUACUUAACUAAGAAAGAGAAUCAAUUUUUGAUAGUUAAAUCAUUUUUAUCAUGCUGUGAAAGUGAAAAUAUUAUUUAUUGUAUAGAAAAGAAAAUUUUUUGAGUUUUUUUUUUACUCAAAAUAGAUACUAUAGUAUUAAAUAUAUCAAUUAUUUCAGUAGAAAUCUCACUGAGUUAUCAAGUAUUAUUAUACUUAUUUACAAAAAAAUGAACAAAUUACAUGGGUUCAAUUU